AUGUCCGCCACCCUUCUUCGCACAUCUACUGCAGCUCGUGCUGCUCUUAGAGCCAGCUCUUCCAAACGAGCUGCCUCAAUGGCAAGCACAAGCUUCAUCCGUGGAAAGGCUACUCUUCCAGAUCUCCCAUAUGACUAUGGUGCGCUCGAACCCUCGAUCUCCGGUAAGAUCAUGGAGCUUCAUCACAAGAACCAUCACCAAACCUACGUUAACAGCUUCAACGCUGCGAGCGAGCAAGUCGAGGCCGCUACAUCCAAGGGAGAUAUUGCUGCUGCCAUUGCACUACAACCUCUCAUCAACUUCCACGGAGGUGGACAUGUGAACCAUAGUUUGUUCUGGGAGAAUUUGGCACCAAGUAAGAAUGGUGGUGGUGGAGAGCCCACCGGCGCUUUGAAGACUGCCAUUGAGACCAGCUACAAAGAUUUCUCAUCUUUCAAGACAAAAUUCAACGCGGCUUUGGCAGGCAUCCAAGGAAGUGGAUGGGCGUGGUUAGUCAAGGACAACGAGACUGGUCAAGUCCAAAUCAGAACAUAUGCAAACCAGGAUCCAGUCGUUGGCAAGUACACUCCUUUAUUGGGUAUUGAUGCUUGGGAGCAUGCCUACUAUCUUCAAUACCAAAACAGAAAGGCAGAGUACUUCAGUGCUAUUUGGGAUGUAAUUAACUGGAAGACUGUGGAAAGCAGAUUGAAGUGA